CCUCCUUCUUCUGAUUCAAUUCCGAUCACCCAUAAACUAUAGUCUCGCUUGGGACACAACUUGCUCACUUUGUGCGUGGUUUAUCGGUCGAGAAGAUGCGCAAUGGAACCAAAACCCCAGAGGCAAUAGCUGAAGACGUUGGGGCUAUGAUGAGUCGCAUAUGGCUCACGGAGGACGCUGAUGGUAUCCUCCCUCUCCAUGAGGCCUGGAAACAGGGUCACCAGAUGGGGAAGCUCUGCCUUGUCGUUAAGGUUUGCAUCUUCAAUGUCCCUAUUGGUCUUCAUACAAACAAAAUUGGGCAUAUGAUUGGACACCUUAAAAACGAUUGUGAGGUAGCUUUUCAUAUUAAAGAAAUUGGGGGAACGGUGAUACAAUGUUUUGGCCCUUGGUUAAAGGUUGAACUGGAGAAUUUAUGGUGUCUAGAUAAUAUUGAUGAGCUUGACGUGGCCUUCUCAGAUAACUCUUGGCCCUUAUUCAAUGAAAAAGACAAGGAUGUCGAGGUGAAUUCUAGGCCUAAUCACCUACUUGAUGAUAGUAUUGGGCAAAACAAUCCCAUUAAUAUAGAACACAAUGGUGGUAGCCAUCCAGAUGAGGGGGCUAAGGAAUGUGCCCCUUUAAGCCAAGAAUUUGGUUCUAUCAGAGGUGAGAAUAGGAAAGGGGGUGGCUUGGGCGGUGGCAAAUGGAAGAGGUUAGAUCGUAGUUUUGAAAACUCCUCCAUCAAAGAUAGGGACAAGCAUGGUAAGCGGAAUCUCCAAAGUACUCUUGUAGUCGAAGAAAGGGCUUUGAAAGUAUUAGUUGAUAAUUCAGGGGUGGUUGUCAGUUGAAGGAGUGAGGGUCAUAACCUGUCUCCAGGAUGAGUUGUCUAGUUUGUGAGACGGCAUUCAACAGAAGGGGGACUGUUGGUGCCGAAAAUCCUUUCUUUCCUCGCGAAAUUGAUUUAACAGGUGUGAAUGUCUAGCUGCUCUUGAUGCUUAUAGUGACUUUCUUUCUACUUUGGUAGCCUUGUUAUGCCCAUGUAACGAUUGUUUAAGGCAAUCUCUAAGUAUAGAUGACCCUUUUUACGUAAUUGACUAGAUUCGUUAUGGGUAUAGUUUAAAUCUGUAACUAGUGUUGUAAGUUAUGCUUCUGUUUUUUAGUUAUAGUGCCAUAUUAUAAAGAUUAUAUUGAUGU